CCAAACACAGAUUGAGUAAGUCCUCGGUUGUCAAGGUCACACUAAAUGAAGUACUAAUGGAUUCAACAACAGCAACAGCAGAACUGGGCUGGACCAUCUACCCAUCACAGGGGUGGGAAGAAGUUAGUGGCUACGAUGAAAACAUGAACACCAUCCGAACAUACCAGGUGUGCAAUGUCUUUGAUAGCAACCAGAACAAUUGGGUACGCACCAAAUACAUCCGCCGCCGUGGUGCUCAGCGCAUCCAUGUCCAGAUGAAGUUCUCAGUACGUGACUGUAGUUCUAUACCCAAUGUCCCUGGCUCCUGCAAGGAGACCUUCAACCUGUAUUAUUAUGAGUCUGACUCUGACACAGCCACUAAAUCGUCUCCAGCCUGGAUGGAGAACCCCUGGGUAAAAGUGGACACUAUAGCGGCUGAUGAGAGCUUCUCUCAGGUUGAUCUUGGUGGCCGCAUCAUGAAGAUCAACGGUGAAGUCCGAAGUUUUGGACCUGUUUCACGCAAUGGCUUCUACCUUGCUUUCCAGGAUUAUGGCGCCUGCAUGUCACUCAUUGCUGUUAGAGUUUUCUACAGGAAAUGCCCCCGUGCGAUCCAGAAUGGUGCUAUCUUCCCUGAGACUCUGUCUGGAGCAGAGAGCACCUCUCUGGUGGCUGCCAGAGGGGUGUGUGUUCCCAAUGGGGAGGAAGUGGAUGUACCCAUCAAGCUGUACUGUAAUGGCGAUGGGGAGUGGAUGGUACCCAUCGGGCGCUGCAUGUGCAAAGCCGGGUACGAGGCGAAAGAGAAUGGUACAGUCUGCAGAGCUUGUAUGUCAGGCUUCUUCAAAGCUGCACAGGGAGACCACAAAUGUCUGCAGUGCCCAAUCAACAGCCGAACCACCAGCGAGGGAGCAACUAACUGUGUUUGUCGAAAUGGCUACUACCGCACUGACUCCGACCCUCCACAGAUGCCCUGUACAACUGUUCCAUCAGCUCCACAAAAUGUCAUCUCCAUAGUGAAUGAGACUUCUCUGAGGCUGGAGUGGAGCUCACCACAGGAGGGUGGUGGCCGAGAAGAUGUUGUUUACAACAUCAUAUGUAAGAGCUGUGGAAGUGGGCGGGGGGGCUGCACCCGCUGUGGAGACAAUGUGCAGUUUGUCCCACGUCAGCUGGGACUGACCGACACCCGCGUUUUAAUCAGCGAUCUCCUGGCUCACACCCAGUACACCUUUGAAAUACAAGCUGUCAACGGAGUGUCUGACCAGAGUCCUUAUUCACCACAGUAUACGUCUGUCAACAUCACCACCAACCAGGCGGCACCGUCAGCAGUGUCCAUCAUCCACCAGGUCAGCAGAGGCCCUAACAGCAUCACCCUGUCCUGGUCCCAACCUGAUCAGCCCAAUGGAGUGAUCCUGGACUAUGAACUGCAGUACUAUGAGAAGAACCAGGCAGAGUGGAACUCAUCUCUAACGAGGAGUCAGACCAACACUGCAGUUAUACGAGGCUUGAAGUCUGGAACUAUCUACGUCUUUGAGGUUCGGGCACGGACUGUUGCUGGAUUUGGACGCUUCAGUGGCAAAAUGUACUUCCAAACUAUGACUGAAGAUGAAUAUAACUCCAGUAUCCAGGAGAAGCUCCCUCUCAUCAUCGGUUCCACUGCUGCAGGGAUAGUCUUCAUCAUUGCCAUCACUGUCCUCAUAAUUGUUUGCCGCAGCAGGAGAAGUUCUGACAGAACGGAAUCAGAGUACACAGACAAACUCCAACAUUACACCAGUGGUCACAUGUCACCAGGAAUGAAGAUCUACAUUGAUCCCUUCACAUAUGAAGACCCUAAUGAAGCAGUCAGAGAGUUUGCCAAGGAGAUUGAUAUUUCCUGUGUCAAGAUUGAACAAGUUAUUGGUGCAGGUGAGUUUGGGGAGGUGUGCAGCGGAAACCUGCGGCUGCCUGGGAAAAGAGAGAUCCUGGUGGCUAUCAAGACGCUGAAGGCAGGCUACACUGAACGCCAGAGGCGGGACUUUCUGAGCGAAGCAUCCAUCAUGGGUCAGUUUGACCACCCCAACAUCAUCCAUCUGGAGGGGGUAGUGACCAAAAGCAGCCCUGUGAUGAUCAUCACUGAGUUCAUGGAGAACGGCUCCCUCGACUCCUUCCUCAGGGUAAAGAAGACACACUAA